UUCGGAAAUCACGGAUUUUCUGAUUACACACCGCCGAGAGAGUGUGUCUCUCUCGCUCGCCGCUCUCCCUCCGUCUCUCCCGCCACACGUUUUAUUAUACAUUCGGGUUCCAAUGGGCACCGCGGAACGUCCCGAAAUAUCACCGUAGACCACACGAUAAUAUCGAUAGCAGUUUAUUAUUAUUACACGCCACACAAACCGUCGGAAGACUUCGUCCAAAAGCGGCUCGCCGAACGACCGAAUUGCAGAGGAGUCGUCGACGUCACACGCGUAGAUGACCGCGACUUUUCACCAUUGAUUCCGCACACAACGGUACAAGUUUUUCCGGGAAAACCGCCGCCGCCGCCGCCGCCAAAUCCGAGAUACAACAGCCGAGACAGCCGUACCAUGGAUUUCACCGCUGGGUCGUUGGAAACCAAUGCGACAUACUUUGCUUGUGAAUCAAACCAAGUGCCCGGCCGCCGGACUCCCCUGAGCGCGGUCGGACUAGGCGGGUAUUACUAUCCUCAGCCGCCGUCGUCCGUGGCUUCGGACGAGAACAGCCCGGGACCGGCCUGCCAACAGUUCAAUCACGGAUCCAACAAUGACAACAGAAUGCCCAGUCUCGGACAGGGGACCUCGGCGGCGAUGGCGUCGUCGGCGUCCGGCAAGUCCAAGUCCAAGCAAGGCAAGUCGGUCCGGUUGAACAUCAACGCCCGGGAGAGGAGAAGGAUGCACGACCUGAACGACGCCCUCGAUGAACUGAGAAGCGUCAUACCCUACGCUCAUUCGCCGUCGGUGCGCAAACUGUCGAAAAUCGCCACGCUGCUGUUGGCCAAAAACUACAUACUAAUGCAGGCCAACGCCCUGGAGGAACUCAGAAGACUGAUCACUUACAUACAGGCUCAAGGAACCAUGUCGAUGCCACCGGGUUUCGACUUGCAAGCGUCCAUGUAUCCCAUCAAACCUUCGUUGCAAUCGCCAAACGCAUCACCCGACUCGCCGGCGCAGUCCUAACCUCCUGGAAAACCACUCUUCAAAAACUCUACAAAAAAAAAAUUAAUUUUAUAUUAUAUUAAAAAACCCAUACUAUGGAUCUAGUCAAUGGUAUUAUUAUUAUGAUAAUUUCUAACGUUUUUAUUUUUUAUUGUAUAGCAAUAUUUUGAUUUUUUUUUUUUUUUUAAUCUUUUCCUCGACUUAUACAGCACGCACAUUUUUCUCACUCAACUUGUUUGUCGCUUUUUCACCAACUUAUUAUUAUUAUUAUUAUUGUAAACGACAACGUGUACUACAUUAUAAAGCGCGCGCGAUAGAAUCUUAUUUAGUUUAUAGGUAGAAAACAAUCUAGUCAUAAUAUUUAAUAUGAUACUCAUUAUACUAUGGUUAUCCUAAAUUAACAUAUAUAUUAUUAUAUUUAAUACAAUUAUA